CGUGGGAUACAAAAAUAUUGUCAUCCGAAUCCCGAAUUAUCUCUACUACAUGGACUAUCAGCCGGUAGUCGUACAGAGGCAUGCUCGGCCAGCUGCGGCUAAGCAUAGUCCAGAGUCAAGAUAUUGGCGUCAAUUCAAACACCCAGUGUUCAUCAAGGAAUACGCACCAGUCACAUCUAUCCAGUUCUCUCUUUCUAAACCUCAUAGGUAUGCUGUAACAGCAGCAACGCGUGUUCAGAUUUAUGCACCCCGAACUCAGAAAGUGACAAAGACAAUCUCGCGCUUCAAGGAUGUCGCACGCAGUGGUAACAUCCGUCCUGACGGGAAGCUCGUCGUCGCAGGUGAUGAUACAGGUCUCGUGCAGGUCUUUGACAUCAAUUCACGCGCCAUCCUUCGUACAUUGGACUCGCAUAAGCAACCAGUACACGUCACUAAAUUCUCCGUCCUCGCACCCACCCAAGUACUCUCCUGUUCAGACGACACAACCGUAAAAUUAUGGGACGUCCCCUCACAAACUGAAGUAGUCACGUUCCAUGCACACACCGACUAUGUCCGCUCUGGUGAAGUUUCGACGUCGAAUCCGCACCUCAUCCUUACUGGUUCUUAUGAUGCGACUAUGAGAUUAUUCGACACGCGCACCAGUCAAUGCGAGAUGAUAAUGGGUGGCGGGGAUACCUCGAGUGCAGUACCAGUCGAGCAAGUCAAAAUGUUCCCAUCUGGUACGAUGGCCUUGUCCACCGCAGGUCCUAUCUUGCGCCUCUGGGACUUGGUCGCUGGUGGCCGUUGUUUACGUGCAUUUUCGAAUCAUCAGAAGACUAUCACCUCGCUAGCAUUUGAUAGCUCCGCGGGUCGUCUGUUGACGGGAAGUUUGGAUCAUAUGGUGAAGGUUUAUGAUGUCAGCUCGUACAAGGUUGUGCAUACCAUGCGAUACCCUGCGCCUGUUCUUUGUCUUGCCAUUUCCCCGGAUGAAACUCAUAUCGCUGCGGGAAUGUCAGAUGGCACGCUCUCGGUUAGACGCAGACAGCCAAAAGCUUCAGAAGCCGCGGAUCAGCCCUUCGCUGCUGCUUUAAAAUCUGGGGCCUUCGAGACAUUCUUAGGGGGCGCCCUUCCUGCAAUUGGUCAAGGACGCACAAAGUCAAAAAUCAAGCCUAAACCUACCGGAGAUGUGGACGAGUUGAGAAUCGAAAGCAGAAGAGCAAAGCGUCUGAAAGAGUACGACAGGCUCUUGAAAGGGUUCAAAUAUUCAGCAGCUUUGGAUUCGGUGCUCAGAAAGAAUGUCCCACCGACAACGGCUUUCUCUCUGAUACAAGAACUGAUACAUCGUGACGGCCUUCGGAGCGCAUUGGCAGGUCGAGAUGAUGUUCUUUUGGAACCAGUCUUGUGUCUUCUUGUGAAGCAUGUCACUGAUCCCCGUUUUGGUGAAAUGGUGUCCGACGUCUCAAGUCUAGUCAUCGAGAUGUACACACCGGUUCUUGGACAGUCACCUCUCAUCGAUUCACUCUUCAUGCGACUUCGAAAGAAAGUCCUUGCCGAGAUUCGGUUCCAAAAAGAACUUGUCAAAACAAAAGGCGCACUCGAAAUGAUUUUCGCGUCCGCUACACUGACUGCUGCAUAGCAGGCCAUACAACUUGUAUUCUAUGCACAUAUUGCUAUAUAUUUUAAUGCCCCAUGUCCGUCAUGAGCAUUCAUGCAGGAAGUCGAUAAGAUGUUGGAGGAUC